AAUCUUAUAGACAAAAAGGAUGCCAGUAAGAGCCUUCUGGACAACUGAGAAUCAGGAGGAGCAUUAAAAAGGAAAGCACAUCAAGCCAGGAAUCAAAAUCUUUCCACUUCCAGCAGAAAAGCACAAAACCCUUCUCCUUUCCCAGCAGAUGAGGGAGAGAAAAACAGGAAGAGAGUUUUGAGCUGCAAAAAUUGAGUAUGUUGAACUCAAGGAAACCUUACUUAGAAAAGUCAAGGGGGACAUUUUCCAAAUUCAGAAAAACAGAACUAUGUGGGAGAAGUAGAGAUUGUAGAUCACGGCUGAUUAUUCAGGAGAGGAUCCACACCAGAGAAAAGCCAUACAAAUGCUCCAAAUGUGGCAAAAGCUUUACUUGCAAGAGCUCCCUGGUGAUUCAUCGAAGGACCCACACUAGAGAGAAGCUAAAGCAGUGCUCUCAAUGUGGCAAAAGCUUUAGCAGGCACGCCAGCCUGGUGCAUCACAGGAGGAUUCACACAGGAGAGAAACCGUAUGAGUGUCUGGAUUGUGGGAAAAGUUUCAGCUGGAAUUCCCAGCUGGUGAUUCACCAGAGGACUCAUACUGGAGAGAAACCGUAUGUGUGCCCAGAUUGUGGGAAAAGUUUCAGUCAGAAUUCCAACCUGGUGUAUCACAGGAGGAUUCACACAGGAGAGAAACCGUAUGAGUGUCUGGAUUGUGGGAAAAGUUUCAGUCAGAAUUCCCACCUGGUGAUACACCAGAGGACACACACAGGAGAGAAACCAUAUGAGUGUCCGGAUUGUGGGAAGCGUUUCAGUCAGAAUUCCAUCCUGGUGAAACACGAGAGGACUCACACAGGAGAGAAACCGUAUGAGUGUCCGGAUUGUGGGAAGCGUUUCAGUCAGAAUUCACAGCUGGUGAUGCACAAGAGGACUCACACAGGAGAGAAACCAUAUGAGUGUUUGGAUUGUGGGAAAAGUUUCACUCUGAAUUCCCACUUGGUGAUACACCAGAGGACUCACACAGGAGAGAAACCAUAUGAGUGUCCGGAUUGUGGGAAAAGUUUCAGUCAGAGUUUCGACAUGGUGAGACACCAGAGGACUCACACAGGAGAGAAACCGUAUGAGUGUCCGGAUUGUGGGAAAAGUUUCAUUCGGAAUUCCCACCUGGUGAUACACCAGAGGACUCACACAGGAGAGAAACCAUAUGAGUGUCCGGAUUGUGGGAAAAGUUUCAGUCGGAAUUCCCAGCUGGUGAUGCACCAGAGGACUCACACAGGAGAGAAACCAUAUGAGUGUCCGGAUUGUGGGAAAAGUUUCAGUCGGAAUUCCCACCUGGUGAUACACCAGAGGACUCACACAGGAGAGAAACCAUAUGAGUGUCUGGAUUGUGGGAAAAGUUUCAUUCGGAAUUCCCACCUGGUGAUACACCAGAGGACUCACACAGGAGAGAAACCAUAUGAGUGUCCGGAUUGUGGGAAAAGUUUCAUUCAGAAUUCCAACCUGGUGAUACACCAGAGGACUCACACAGGAGAGAAACCAUAUGAGUGUCCAGAUUGUGGGAAAGAUUUCAGACUUAGGUCUAGCCUGAUAAAUCAUGAGAGGAUCCACACCAGAGAAAAGCCAUACAAAUGCUCCAAAUGUGGCAAAAGCUUUACUUGCAAGAGCUCCCUGGUGAUUCAUCGAAGGACCCACACUGGAGAGAAGCUAAAGCAGUGCUCUCAAUGUGGCAAAAGCUUCAGCAGGCAUGCCAGCCUGGUGCAUCACAGGAGGACUCACGCAGGAGAGAAACCGUAUGAGUGUCUGGAUUGUGGGAAAAGUUUCAGUCUGAACUCCAACCUGGUGAUACACCAGAGGACUCACACAGGAGAGAAACCAUAUGAGUGUCUGGAUUGUGGGAAGCGUUUCAAUCAGAAUUCCGACCUGGUGAUUCACCAGAGGACUCACACAGGAGAGAAACCGUAUAUGUGUUUGGAUUGUGGGAAAAGUUUCAGUUGGAAUUCCCAGCUGGUGAUUCAUCAGAGGACUCACACAGGAGAGAGACCGUAUGAGUGUCUGGAUUGUGGGAAAAGUUUCAGUCGGAAUUCCAACCUGGUGAGACACCAGAGGACUCACACAGGAGAGAAACAAUAUGAGUGUCCGGAUUGUGGGAAGUGUUUCAGUCAGAAUUCCAAGCUGGUGAUACACCAGAGGACUCACACAGGAGAGAAACUGUAUGAGUGUCCGGAUUGUGGAAAGCGUUUCAGUCAGAAUUCACAGCUGGUGAUGCGCCAGAGGACUCACACAGGAGAGAAACCGUAUGAGUGUCCGGAUUGUGGGAAAAGUUUCAGUCAGAAUUCCAGUCUAGUAAUACACCAGAGGACUCACGCAGGAGAGAAGCCAUAUAUGUGUUUGGAUUGUGGGAAAAGUUUAAGUCGGAGCUUCGGCAUGGUUAAACACCAGAGGACUCACACAGGAGAGAAACCAUAUGAGUGUCCGGAUUGUGGGAAAAGUUUCAGUCGGAAUUCCCACCUGGUGAUACACCAAAGGACUCACACAGGAGAGAAACCAUAUGAGUGUCUGGAUUGUGGGAAAACUUUCAGUCAGAGAUUCGACAUGGUGAGACACCAGAGGACUCACACAGGAGAGAAACCAUAUGAGUGUCUGGAUUGUGGGAAAAGUUUCAGUCAGAAUUCCCACCUGGUGAUACACCAGAGGACUCACACAGGAGAGAAACCAUAUGAGUGUCCGGAUUGUGGGAAAAGUUUCAGUCGGAAUUCCCACCUGGUGAUACACCAGAGGACUCACACAGGAGAGAAACCAUAUGAGUGUCUGGAUUGUGGGAAAAGUUUCAUUCGGAAUUCCCACCUGGUGAUACACCAGAGGACUCACACAGGAGAGAAACCAUAUGAGUGUCCGGAUUGUGGGAAAAGUUUCAUUCAGAAUUCCAACCUGGUGAUACACCAGAGGACUCACACAGGAGAGAAACCAUAUGAGUGUCCAGAUUGUGGGAAAGAUUUCAGACUUAGGUCUAGCCUUAUAAAUCAUGUAGGUUUACACGUAGGAGAGAAACCGUUCAAAUGCCCAGACUGUGGACGGUGCUUCACAAACAAUUCCUCCCUCAGCAGACACAAGAAAGGGCACGUGAGGCAGAAGGUUAGGAACGUAGAGGAGACUUGAAUUUCACAUCUCACCUACCUUUGGGCAUCCCCCUGAAAAAUUAAGUAUUUAAUUUCUGGCCUGAUUCUUUGUAGUCAAAUACGUCUCAGUAUUAGAGAUGAGGGGGGAGAGAAAAAAAAUGGAAAAUGUUAGUUUGAGAAAGGCUAACUAAACGUUUCUGGCUAUCAGCAGAAGUUCCCAGUAAGCUGCUGCAGGUCUUAAAAGAUACAAAAAAGAUAGGUGGACUCAGAUUUUAUGAGAGAAUCCGUUAGGGACAAGCGUGGCAGGAGUGUAAAGUUUCAGAUGUAGAGGCUCUUCUGCCUUGCAGUUGAACAGGGCUUCUUUUUAAGUUUUCCCUAAGAAUGCCUACAAGUAACGGGUGGAAAAUGAUUUGGAGCUGCUAAGUGGGAUUCUAGCUAUGCAGAGGAACGAUCCUGAUUUUGCUGAGUUCAGAAGACACCAAAGAAUUCAAGGCUUGUUCAUUGCAGGAACCCAAUUCAGAGAUCAGGUUAUAAUCCCCUUUUCCCCCCUAGUAGAUCACUUUGCAUAUGAUCCCUCUGCAGGAGGAGACCCAACAGCCAGGACCAGGCCAGGGGUGGGGAGGAAGCAAGAGGCUCUUUUGGCCUUAGGCACAAGCUCCGAGUGGGUUCACAUUUAAUGGUCUGCAAAGUU